AUGAUUCGCGAGUUCACAACCGCAACUCUUCCCACUUCUCAAAGGCGAUCAAUUCGACUAUUAUAUACAAUAAAAGUGCUACACGAUGAAUCCUUUUCGAGUUCUGCGAAAAAUUACAUACUAAAGCCUAAUGGCACAAUAAAAAACAGAUUUGCCUCAACAAGGAGGAAAUCCUUCCAAAAAUGCGGCACUCGGAGCAGCAAGAUAGGUUGUUUUUGGUCCGCUCCUGGAUCAUACCUUAAAGAAGGGUGCCCCGACAAUCUCAAUCUUGAGUAA